AUGAGCAAUGUCUGGUCCGCGAUAGCGUUCGCAGCGCCAUGCGCCGUGCGACGGAGUCGAUCGAAGCCACUGGUGCAAUUGUUCAAUGGAUACGCCCGAUACGCUUCACAGAGCGUACCUAAUGGACGUGCACGGCGCAGCUGGUUUUACAGCCAGAACUCGCCCACAAUCGCGCGACCAGGCAAUUCUGCAUCAAUAAGAGCCUCAUUUCUUGGACAGCGAGACCGGCUACUAUCAACGACCUUAUGUCUUCAGGCACAGAGUAGAGAGAAGCAACGUGGAAAGCGUACCUCUCAACCUGCGAACUUGAAGGAAGAGGAGGCGCCUACUUCUCCCUCUGGAGUUCAGUCUGCGCCAACUGUCGCAUCGCAUACCGAAGGCCUCCCAUCCACCGCAGAAGAACCGCUGACAUGGCGCGACUACGACCCGGUUGCAGGGAUGCCACUACCCCAAGGUGAGCUCUGUCAGAGCCAGAUCGAUGCGAUUUUCAACAGCGAGCAUAUUGAUGCGGAUAUGGGAAACUACAUAUUGAGCGUCAUGCAUUGGAGGCGCCAGUCCGGAGCACUCAUAGACGUGGGGCUGGAGUUCCCGCAAGAGAUGGGUGUGGACCGCGACAUGGCAUUGAAGGGGCUCAACUACGUCAGAUCGGUGGUACCAGACGUCGAUGAAAAUCAAAACGGUCAGCGAUGGGCAGAGGAGGAGAUCCAGCGAAGUCAAGAGGAAAUACACGCUCGCGCUGUGCAAUUGGGCUUCUACAAAGCCACUCCUGAGGAGCAAGACCAAUAUGCGGCAGAAGAAGAAGACCAGGGCACGAGCUACGGACGCGAGAAGACUGGUACAAGUAUACUGCGGCAGACACGUGAGGCGAAUGAGGCCGCCUGGGAGCUCGAAGAGGCUGCCAGGGAGGUACAGAAACAGAAAGACGCCGAUAAUGCGAUCCAUGCUGCUCGGGGCCCAUUGGAGCUCGCUGGUCGUGUGCAGCCUCUGAUCAACACCGAAAUGACACAGAAUGCCGAAAUCAGGGGCCCAUUUGGUAUCACUAUCAAGCGGCCGGUCAAUCACGCAACGCUCACGCAGCCUAGUGGCAAGUCGCCCUGGAUCGACUACUACGAAGAGCAAGCGCAGAUCAUCAAGGACAAUGUUGUUCCUCAGCUGAGUAUAUACAGACGACUGGUUCCACCAUUUUUCAUGCUCCUGCUCGUACUAGGCGGUUGCUACUACUUGAGCGAGAACUACACUCCUCCGCCCCAGUCUGCUCGCUUAUGGCCUGAGACUCCGCCUUCUGUUGCGACAAUGCUAGCCCUCACGGGUAUUCUAUGUGCGACAUUCAUCCUAGGCCGCUGGCCACCUCUGUACCGCUUUUCCAGCAAGUACAUGACGGUUGUUCCGGCAUAUCCUUAUGCGGUGAGUCUGGUUGGUGCGCUGUUUCGACAUGACACGUUCCAACAUCUUGGCUGGAACUUGGUGUCCCUCUGGCUGUUUGGCUUACUCCUCCAUGAAGAGGUCGGGCGCGGAAACUUCCUCGCAAUUUAUCUGGCUUCCGGUGUGUUUGGAUCAUACAGCGCCCUAUUGUACAAUGUAAUUCGCAAGCAAUGGACCACAUACAUCAUUGGCUCGUCAGGAUGCAUACUCGGUAUUCUAGCAGCUGCUUGUACGCUGAAGCCGAACAGUACCAUCAAGGUCUUCGGUUACGAGAUCCCUAUUGCCGCAUGGGUCUUCUUGGCUAUGUUCGGAGCAGGCGAAGCCUUCGCUGCUCUUCGAGGCUUCAAGACAACUGCUCGCCAUGCUAGUCAACUAGCAAACAUUGACCAUGCCGGUCAUCUUGGUGGCAUCAUCAUGGGCGUCACGGCGGGCCUUCAUCUCAGGCAGGUGGCCAAGAGAGGGCAGAUGACCGAGAUAAAGAACCCAGAAGAUGUUGCGAAAAGGACGAAAGAGGAGGUGCGCACAGCGACAGCAGCGUAG